AUGGAGCCAGCGAAUGAGGAGACAGGCCGGGUACCGAGGCCGCAACCACUCCCUGCUUCCCCUCCCUGUCCUUCUAUGGUUUCCAGCGCCUCCGGUCGUAACACAGAAUCCUUUGCUUCUCGCUCAGCCGACGUUGGUGCUAGCCCUAGUCCAGCCUCCCAGUCUCCUCGCCGCUCGCCCAAAGAACGCCCGGUCUCAGGCAUAGUUCCCCCUUACUGGGCCCAUCACCGAAAUGCAUCUCGUGCAUCCCAAAUAUCCAUUGAUGGCGGCCCGGCGAUAACACUUGAGGAUCAUACUGAAGAUCCAAACUCUGAAACCAGCCGUGGACUGUGGGCUAAAAGCGUCUCUAUCGAUGAUCAUGUUGUCGUCCGGGGAAUGACCGGUAUCGGCGCAUAUGUGGUAUGGAAUUGCAAAAUUCGGACACUUGAGGGUGGUAUAAUACCAGUCCGCAUGAGAUACUCCGAGUUUGACGAUUUACGACUUCAACUAGUGGCAUCUUUUCCUCAUGCGAAGAAUGCUCUCCCUUCGCUUCCCCCGAAAAGCGUUCUUUUCAAAUUUCGACCAUCUUUCCUCGAAUCCCGCAGAGUCGGUCUCGAGUAUUUCCUGAACUGUGUUCUCUUAAACCCCGAGUUCUCAAGCUCUCCAAUCGUCAAAGACUUUCUCUUCGGGCGAAUGUGCUAG